AUGAAGACCGCGUUCGACGGAGCGCGGUACGCGGUGGGCGCCACCGAUUCCAUGCAGGGCACCGGCGUGUGGUCCGGCAUCAAGCUUAGCCGCGACGACGCCAAGCCCACGGCCAAGCCCGCGAGCAAGGCUGCGAAGAAGUCGCAGCCUGCUAAGUUCCCGGUGAAGGCCAAGUAA